AUGAUUGACACAACCUUUCCUAAUUCUCCUUUUGAGUGGCGGGCUCGGUGGACUGAAGUGAAAAAAGCCACCGGAGAAAUUUGGUUUCAGGGGAUAAAUGAAGUCCUCGCCCAGCCUGCCACAUAUAAAAAGGUCGCCACCCGGACAGUCACCACCAUCACCCACCACCACCAACAACACCCAACCAUGGCCACCCAACUGCCCCUCACCGCCAGGAAGAGCCUCAAGGAUGCUGAGCCCCAGAACGCCGAAGCCAUCAAGAAGCUGGAGGCUGCCACUGGCACCACCGGCUGGACCUUCGAGGCCGAUGGAGCGGCCAUCCACGAGGCCCUGAAGAACGACGGCAACCUCGUUGGCAGGGUGAUCAACCAGACCCUGUCCGGCCUGGUGGACAACAUCAUCAAGCUGUGCAAGAAGGACGAGAUGUACAAGGAGGCCUUCGUCGAAAAGAUCACGGCCAAGAAGAUCAAGUUUGUCGUCACCAGCGAGGGUCCUGCCUACUGCCCCGGCGAGACCUCCUUCCCCGAGGGAGUCCUCUUGGUGACCAUCCACCAGGAGAAGCCCUGGGUCAACGUCAACCAGACCGGCAACAAGAUCGAGUCCCAGCUCUAA